CUCUUAUUCAAUUGCUGAAAUCACACAUUGUCUCUUGAACAAUCAGCCCUGCUUUGUUCGUACUGAGUCUAAUUAGGGCCGUUUAAGUUUGUCCGGCUUACUGGAUUAGCCUUUUGAAUUCAACCAGCUCAUCAAAGAUGGCUGAAGACAAGGGUAAGCCAAAGGGUGCAAUGAAUGCUUACGCAGCCUUCUUGCAAUCUAUGCGAGCUGACCAUAAGAAAAAGCAUCCUAAUGUAACACUGGACUUCAAGACUUUUUCGAAGGAGUGCUCCGAACAAUGGAAGAAUCUGUCGGCUAAAGAAAAAAAGAAGUUUAAAGACCUAGCAGAUAAAGACAAAGAACGUUAUCGAUGUGAGAUGGAAAAUUAUGAACCUCCUGCCGACGAAGGCCGUAGCAAGAAAAGGAAACGAGACCCAGAUGCACCUAAAAAGGCGUUGUCCGCAUUUUUCCUCUUUUGCAAUGAUGAGCGACCUAAAGUUAAAUCGGAAAAUCCUGACUGGAAGGUCAGUGAGAUCGCUAAAGAAUUGGGCAAAAGAUGGGAGCACUGUAAAAACAGAGCCAAAUAUGAGAGCUUAGCCCAAGUAGAAAAACAGCGAUAUGAAAAAGUAUGUUCUUUUUAAAUGCUUUUACACUUUAUUCUAGGCAAUGCAAAAAUACAAAGCCGGUAAAAAGUCCAAGACAGAGGAUUCAGAAUCCGAUGAAUAGUCCCUUACGGUUUAGAAACUAAUCUUUGACGUACAAUUGUUGUAUACAGAUGGUGUUAUUUUAUAUUGUCUACAGAUGUUUCUUUUUAAACCUAAUGGGCCGUCCUGCAUUUGUAAAACGAUGGCUACUGUAACAUUUUUUACCAAAUACACUGUUUAUAAGCUUUU